AUGCGGUCACUGGAAGGACUGAGCACAUUCAGAGGCCUGGAGGAACUCAUCUUGGACAACAAUCUGCUCGGGGACGACCUCGUGUUGCCAGGGUUACCCAGGCUCCAUACCUUAACCCUCAACAAGAACCAAAUCACUGAUUUGGAGUACCUGCUUGAUCACCUGGCAGAAGCAACACCAGCUCUGGAGUACCUCAGUCUUCUGGGUAAUGUGGCAUGUCCCAAUGAGCUGGUCAGCUUGGACAAGGAUGAAGAAGACUACAAGAGAUAUAGAUGCUUUGUUCUGCACAAGCUGCCCAACUUGAAGUUUCUGGAUGCCCGGAAAGUAACCAGACAAGAACGAGAGGAGGCGUUGAUCAGAGGGGCCUUCAUGAAGGUGGUAAAACCCAAGGUGAGCGUCUACUCCCUGGUCUUUGUAAGAGAUGUGUGUUGCAUGACACUAGUUACAUCUCAGAGCAUGGAGGACAUCUUGUAUUCAAGAUACAG